AUGAUUCAUACUCCGGUGGUGGAUACGAUUCCAGAUGAUGAUGAAGAUGAUUUUUCUGACGAAUAUGAAGAAUUAAAAUUAUCUUCCCAGCCAUUUCCAUUAACACCAGGUACCAAACGAGCUUAUAAAGGAAUAUCAUCUAUAUAUGUCGAUAUUGAAGAAACAGUAUCACCUGUAGAUGAAAGCCGAUCAAACAGUAAUGAGAUGGCAUUUCCUUCUGAACUGCUUUAUUCAAUCGAUGGCGGCAACACUUUUUUCGAUGCAUUACUUAUGCCUGGAGAAAGAACGAAAAAAAAUCUAUUUGCAUUGAAAUUAGUGGACAAAAUAUUUUCUCGAGGAGAACUUUUGGAGCUCGAUCCGAUUUAA